GGAACCCGCGGAGGACGCCGGCCACGCCCGGCCCGAGGCGGGGUGCAGGGAGCUGGGCGCAGCGGGCCGGGGCGCGGGCGCCCAGGGGUCCUGGCGCGGGGGCGUUGGGCGCGGGCGGGACCGCGCGCGCAGAGGACCCCCGGGCCCGGCCCGGCCGAGCACGGGCUACCAUGGGCUCCGUGGGCAGCCAGCGCCUCCAGGAGCCCAGCGUGGCGGGCACACCUCACAGGAGCAUGGUGAUGAGCUUCAGCUUCGACAGUGGCCAGCUGGAGGAGGCGGUGACAGGGGCAGCUCAGACCCCGGGCAGUAGGGCCAGGGGCAUCCCAAUUUUCACAGACUCUGAGGAGCCGGUGCCCGAUGACCGCUACCACGCCAUCUACUUUGCGAUGCUGCUGGCUGGUGUGGGCUUCCUGCUGCCAUACAACAGUUUCAUCACCGACGUGGACUACCUGCACCACAAGUACCCAGGGACCUCCAUUGUGUUUGACAUGAGUCUCACCUACAUCUUGGUGGCCCUGGUGGCUGUGCUCCUGAACAACGCACUGGUGGAGAGACUGAGCCUGCACACCAGGAUCACUGCGGGCUACCUCUUAGCCUUGGGCCCCCUCCUCUUUAUCAGCGUCUGUGACGUGUGGCUGCAGCUCUUCUCUCGUGACCAGGCUUACGCCAUCAACCUGGCGGCGGUGGGCACCGUGGCCUUCGGCUGCACAGUGCAGCAAUCCAGCUUCUACGGGUACACGGGGAUGCUGCCCAAGAGGUACACGCAGGGGGUGAUGACGGGGGAGAGCACGGCGGGCGUGAUGGUCUCCCUGAGCCGCAUCCUCACCAAGCUGCUGCUGCCGGACGAGCGCGCCGGCACGCUCAUCUUCUUCCUGGUCUCCGUGGGCCUGGAGCUGCUCUGCUUCCUGCUGCACCUGCUGGUGCGGCGCAGCCGCUUCGUGCUCUACCACACGGCGCGGCCGCGCCCCAGCCGCCCGGGCUGCGGGGCCGGCUACCGCAUCCACCACGACGUCGGCACCGAGGACGUCCACUUUGAGCACCAAGGCCCAACCCUGUCCAACGGCGGGUCCCCAAAGGACAGCCCAGCCCAUGAAGUGACCAGCAGCGGGGGAGCCUACACGCGCUUCGAUGUGCCUCGGCCGAGAAUCCGGCGGAGCUGGCCCUCCUUCAGAGCCCUGCUGCUGCACCGCUACGUCGUGGCGCGCGUCAUCUGGGCCGACAUGCUGUCCAUCGCCGUGACCUACUUCAUCACGCUGUGCCUGUUCCCGGGUCUCGAGUCCGAGAUUCGCCACUGCAUCCUGGGCGAGUGGCUGCCCAUCCUCAUCAUGGCCGUGUUCAACCUCUCUGACUUCGUGGGCAAGAUCCUGGCAGCCCUGCCCAUGGACUGGCGGGGCACCCAUCUGCUGGCCUGCUCCUGCCUGCGCGUGGUUUUCAUCCCCCUCUUCAUCCUGUGCGUCUACCCCAGCGGGACGCCCGCCCUGCGCCACCCGGCCUGGCCCUGCGUCCUCUCCCUGCUCAUGGGCAUCAGCAACGGCUACUUCGGCAGUGUGCCCAUGAUUCUGGCCGCGGGCAAAGUGAGCCCCAGGCAGCGGGAGCUGGCAGGGAACACCAUGACCGUGUCCUACAUGACGGGGCUGACGCUGGGCUCGGCCGUGGCCUACUGCACCUACAGCCUCACCCGGGGCGCCCCCAGCAGCUGCCUCCACACCUCCACCACCAACGCCUCGGCCCCCGCCAGCCCCUGAGCCAGGCCCGCACCCUGCGCUGCCCAGGGAGGGCCGCCAGGCCCCCCCCCCAAAACCCCUGCCUGCAGUGCCUGCGGGGCCCCGCAUCCUCCCCGCCACCCUCUCUGGACCCAGCUGCCAUCACUCCAGCCCCAGGGUCCUGCCAAGUUCUUGGAGGCCUGGAUGGGUCGCGGCCACCAGGGUUCUGCCAGCACUGUGCCCUCUGUUCGUCUCACACCUGCCCCCCGCCCUCCGCCUGUGUCCGUGGUCCCAGCGCUAGCCAAGCCAGUGCUCUGUGGGGUCCCUCACUGCCGUCCUCACCGGGGAGAGCAGACCACCAGCCGGUGUCUCUUCCUGGGGACCCUCACCCGCGUCUACUUUGAGGGCCCCCUGCCCCGAUCACACGGUCUGCAGCACCUGACCCAGCCCCUCCCUUCACUGAGGACCCCACCCCACCCCACCCCACCGGCUUCCCCAUACUGCCCUGCUCUUAAACACUGCUUCUCCCAAACAAAAUGAGUUCGCUGUGAAGGAGCUGUAGUCCUGGGUCUGAAUGGUCUCAGAGCACGGCCUGUGCUGGCCUUUCUGCAACCCCAGCUUUGGUGCCGGCCUCCCCCAUGCCAGCACGCCCUAUGCACACUGGCACCCACCUAAUGCCUCAGGCCUGGAGGGCUCUGCCUGCCUGGGGACCCCCAUACACUUCUCUGGCUCCUCCCUGUCUGAUACAAUUUGGGGCCACAAAGCAGGGCCCACACCCUGCCAAAGUCAACUCUUGACCUCAGCCUUGAACCCUGUCCAGAUAGGCCCAGGAGUCCUUGGCAAGUAGGAAGGGACAGGGGUCCCUCCAGAGCUCCCGCUGACUCGGCGCCCUGAGCUGGGGGGAUUCUGGGAGCCUCCUGCCAAAGACGGGCCUCUCCAGGGGGAGGACACACGCCCUCCCACACCCCGGUACCGCUGUGACCACCCAGCCUCUCUGUGUCCUGUCCACCCGUCUGUCCACUAACUGUACCGCACUGGCCAUUAAAGAUGAAGGCAGAGCGACUGCCCCACCGCUGCCUCCAAGUAGUGUCCAUGCAGCCGUCUCAGGCACUGGGGUGGGAGGAGGGCCCCUGGCAGGACGGGGCCCACCUGCCUGGCUGGGACCCCAGACUUCCUUCCACACACCUGGCAGGCCAGGGACAGGUUUGUGUGGAUGGUGAGGGGGCCAGGAAGCAUUUGGGGUUUGAAGGAUACCUUGGUGCCCCUUUGAGCCUCAGGACGGUCAGGGAGGGUGGCUGCAUCCCACCCACCUGAAAGGGGGAAAAAGAGGGGAGGCAGCUUACCACCUGACCCCAGGGAUCAGAGCCAGAACCUAAGGCUGAGGGUUCUGGGAUGGAGUCCCAGCCCUAGUGCUGAUUUGUGUGAUUUGGACAAAUUCCCUCACUGUUGUGUCAGUUUCCCCAGGGAGCGGGGCUGGCCCACUCUUUGAUGUGGCUCCCUUGGAGGGCAGUAGGGGAGGAGGGAGACGGCUGUCUGAGGCUGGCAUCCUCCAAGAGGCCCCCCCACUCAGGACAGAGACCAGCUUGUUACCACGUGGGCCAAGACCGCGCGGGGCGAUGCCACACGAGCCGCCAGGUGGCGCCAGCGCGCCGCUCCUCCCGAGACUGCGGGGAUGGGGCGGGGGCAGACGGCCUCGUGAUUCAGUUUCUCUGAAACCAAAGGACCCGCAAAGCCCUUUUUCUGGCCAGACACUGAGCUAGCUGCCCUCCAUGAUCGCCACACUGCCGUGAAACAGCAAAGCCACGACAUCCGUGUCCUGUCCACGCCCAGUGCACUGGGUCGCAGGGCAUGUACCCCUGGGGUCAGGCUGGAGUGUCCUGGGCUGGGAGUUGGGGGUGACCAUGCCAGGACCUGGCUCACCCCCACCCCCACCCCCUGCCGCCUGGAGUGCCGUCCCUCUGUUUUGCACUGGCUCAGGGCCACUCAGACCAUCAGCCCCGUUGUCAGCUCUGGGUGUGGGCAU